CAAGUUAAGGAAUAGAAAAGCAGGGGAGCACAGAAAUGUCUGUAAAAUAAUGAUUAAGAGAGGGAAAUUGUUGAAGAUGAUUAGUAAUGAUUAAGAAAUGGAAUGAAGAUUUGAAAUUUGGAACAGAGGAGGACAGGGGAAGAGAGAGAGAGAAGGGAAACAGGGGAAAGCAAUGUAAAGGGUUGAGGGAUAUGAGAGAGAUUUGUGGGGGUAGAAAGGGACAGGAUAGACAUCCCACCGGAAAUACGGGCGAGCCGUACACAAAUCGCUGUUUAUUCAGUUUGUGAUAUUAUAAUAAUGGUGGAAUUUAACUAACCAAUGCACUACGCACACUCUUCCUUACUUUUCUCUCUCUCUCUCUUCUUCUUCUUCGUCUUUCUGCUAUACAUCACACCUUGCAGUCGCAGUAUUGCAGCAGCUGCAGUACUGCUUCAGUUCAGUCUCUGCAGAACCCCAGAGAGAGAGAGAGAGAGAAAUGAAAACCCAUUUCUCUUUUCUGUUUCUUUCUUGCUUUUGUUUUAAUUCAAACAUCAAAUCCUGAUUUGAUAUCCCCCAAACCCAUUUCUCUCUAAUUUUCAUUCACCCACCACCACCAGGUCUCUUCUCUGUCUCUCUCUCUCUGUCUUCCACGAGAAAAAAGAAAAGAGAAAUACGAAAUUUGGGUGAGAGAGAAAAAGGGUGGAGCGAGACAGAGGUGUUUGUGUGGGUGUGAGAUAGAGUGAGGGAGCGAGGUCUGUGUUGUUUUCUGAGCGAGACCCUCUUUUAGCAUUAGCGAAGGUGCACCCAUUUCUAAAAAUGCAGGCAUGAGCACUUCCUCCUCUUACCUCGCACUCUUUCUUCUUCCGUUCCUGAAACUUUCUGAAACCCCUCAUCCUUUCAGCCUCCUAUUUAACCUCCCUCUUUCUUAUCCUUCUACUUUUAUUAUUGCACGCCUCUUCUUUCUUCUACGCAUACCAUUCAAAUGGCUGCUCUUAUCGAUCUCAAUACCACCGAAGAAGACGAUGCUCCCUCCUCUGCUGCUUCCUCUGCUUCCUCUUCCUCUGCUUCUGCUUUAACCUCCUCCCCUUCGCCUUCUCUCACCUCCUCAAUUUGCUUGGAGCUGUGGCAUGCCUGUGCUGGACCUCUUACGUCCUUGCCCAAGAAAGGGAGUUUGGUUGUGUAUUUUCCACAGGGCCACUUGGAGCAGAUGCAAGAGUUCCCUGCCACGGCGGCCUAUGAUCUCCCUCCCCACAUCCUCUGUCGCGUCAUUGAUGUUCAGCUUCACCAGGCUGAGGCUGGGAGUGACGAGGUUUAUGCUCAAGUCUCAUUGUUUCCUGAAAACGAGCCCAUUGAACACAAGAUGCAGGAAGAGAUGACCAAUGACAGUGAGGGGGAGGAUUUUGAAGGAAGUGAGAAGACCACAACACCCCACAUGUUCUGCAAGACACUUACUGCUUCAGACACUAGCACUCAUGGAGGCUUCUCCGUCCCCAGACGUGCAGCUGAGGAUUGCUUCCCGCCAUUGGAUUAUAGUCAACAGAGGCCUUCACAAGAGCUAGUUGCAAAGGAUCUCCUUGGGAUAAAAUGGAAGUUUAGGCACAUAUAUCGCGGGCAGCCUAGAAGGCAUUUGCUAACCACUGGAUGGAGUGCAUUCGUGAACAAGAAAAGGCUUGUUUCUGGUGAUGCAGUGCUGUUUCUUAGGGGCAAUGAUGGGGAAUUACGACUCGGGAUUCGACGAGCUGCGCAGCUUAAAACCGGUUCUGCCUUUUCUAACAUUUGCAGUCAGCAACUCAACUCCAGUAGUAUCAUGGAUGUGGUUAAUGCUAUAUCUUCAAAAACUUCCUUUAGCGUAUACUAUAAUCCCAGAGCUACCUCUUCACAGUUUGUCUUGCCUUUCCACAAGUUCUUGAAAAGCAUUAACCAUUCCUUCUCUGCUGGAAUGAGGUUCAGCUUGAGUUUCGAAACCGACGAUGCUGCAGAUCGAAGAUGCACUGGACGUAUAACUGGAGUUGGAGAUGUGGAUCCUAUCAGAUGGCCUGGGUCAAGGUGGAGGUCCCUUGUGGUGAGGUGGGACAAUGUCGAGACUAAAAGACAUGGCAGGGUUUCCCCGUGGGAGAUCGAGCCCUCUGGUUCUGUUUCUGUGGCUAGCAACAUGGUUCCACCGGGUUUAAAAAGGACCAGGAUUGGGCUCUCUCCCACAGAACUAGAGUUUCCAGCUCCGAAUGGAAUUGGAGCAUCAGACUUUGGGGAAUCAUUAAGAUUCCAGAAGGUCUUGCAAGGUCAAGAAAUUUUAGGUUACAGUACUCCCAUUGAUGGCGACAACAACAUUCGUCAUCCACCGGAGAAGAGGAGAUCAUUUCCUGGUUUACACGGUUCCGGGAUAGCUAUAAUGAGAAAUGGUCCAAGAAUCCCAGUUACCAACUCUGAAACUUCCUCCCGGGGUUUCAUGUUUGAUGAAUCCUUCCAAUUCCAUAAGGUCUUGCAAGGUCAAGAAAUAUAUCCUAGUCCAUUUUUUGGAAUAGCCACUGCCACCAAUGAAGUCAAGGCAAGUGGUGGUUAUGGUCCUGUGGACAGUGUUCCACUGUCCAGAUCUAAAGAUGGAUGGCCGAUUACAAUGCAGAGUGAAAAUUUCCUCACACGCUCUUCCAUUCCUUCUGUACAAGUCUCAUCACCAUCAUCUGUGUUCAUGUUUCAGCAGUCAAUGGUUCCUGUUCAAAGCUUUAAUUCAUAUAACCGUGGCAACUUCACAGAACAGAGGACUAUGAACAAGAGUACCUCCCAUAAUUCUGGGACAGCUUUUAUGACAACUUCAUUGGGCGUGCAGAAGCAGCUCGCCCUAUCACAUCCUUCUACAACAGAACCAGCGUUUACUGGCAAUAAAGCUGGAUGUAGAUUGUUUGGUUUUUCAUUAACAGAAGGAAAGAAUGUUGGGAAUACAGACAACGCUUCUCCAGCAACAACUCCAAUUAAUGCAGGAACUGCCUCUGUGUUGUCCUCCAAUAGUGGACUACGUUGUCCUUUGAAGUCUCCACUGAUGAGCAAGGUGGUUGGAAGCAACUGUACCGAAGUAAGUAACUUAUCUGCUCGCGCUGUAUAGGCGAUAUAUUUUACGCAAACAUGAUCGAUUCUUCUGGAUCGCUACAUGAUAUCGACGUUUUUUUUUACCCGAACUCUAAGAGGGAAAGAAUGUUGGUGUAAAAAGGAAGAGUAUUCACCAGCCUGAUAAAAUUUGAUCUGCAUUGUGAUGCAGGGGGCUGUCCAGUAUCAUUUUGCAAAUUGCAGUACCUACUACUGAAUGGGUCUGACUUAUUUUGGGGAAACAAAAGAAGAAUGCUGCCUAGUUUUUUAUUUUGAAUUUGAAAAAAAAAAGUUUUUGAGACGUUGAUUCUGUUCGAGCUAUCGUUUAUCAAACGAAUCGAACCGUUGGUGUUUAUGUUGUAUCUCAGAUUACAUAGUUCAUAGAUUAUUAGCUCAAUGUUUUUGUUUAUUAAA